GUCAGUGUUCAGAAAUGGCAAAAAUUUGGUGGAGGAGGAACGGGACUUGAAUUUCCUCGUCGAGCUAAAGAACGAUUUUAUCUUCAAUUUCGCCUAGUUUAAUCUAAUUUCCCGUGUUGAUUCCUACCUGCGAUGAUUGUUCGCCCCCUUCCGCACAACAAGUGAGUGAAAUCGGGACGGAAACGGUGCUCCAAAGGAGCAAAAAUCGUAGCGAAAGUAGCAGCGAGCUCCAACAACAACAACAGCAGCAAAAUUACGGAUUCCUGAAGAAAAAAAAAACUGCUGCACCAAGAUGACCACGACAGGUGUGCUGCCGUUCGUCCGGGGCAUCGACUUUACGUACAACGAUUUCAGCGACGGAAAGUUCCCCAAGAACAUCAAGCACAUGUCCGGCGUGCAGUGGCUCAAGCUGGACCGGACGGGGAUCGACACGAUUCCUGAGGAGAUGGGCAGGCUGAUGAAGUUGGAGCACCUUUCGAUGAAGAAUAACCAGCUUGAAAAAUUGUACGGGGAAUUGACGGAUCUAACCUGCCUGCGGUCGUUGAACAUGCGACGGAACAACAUCAAGAGCUCGGGGAUUCCGAACGAGCUGUUCGAUUUGGAGGAGCUGACUACGCUGGAUUUGUCGCACAACAAGCUGAAGGAGGUCCCCGAGGGGCUGGAGAAGGCCAAGAGCCUGCUGGUGUUGAACCUGAGCAAUAAUCAAAUCGAAAGCAUUCCGCCGUCGCUGUUCAUCAACCUCACCGACCUGCUCUUCCUGGACCUGUCCAACAACAAACUGGAGACGCUACCGCCCCAAACCAGGCGACUCUCCAACCUGCAAACCCUCAUCCUGAACGACAACCCGUUGGAACUGUUCCAGCUGCGUCAGCUACCCUCUCUCCAGAACCUGAUCUGCAUCCAAAUGCGAAACACUCAACGCACGCUGGCCAAUUUCCCCACCUCCCUCGACAGUCUGUCAAACCUGCAAGAGCUGGAUCUCUCCCAGAACGCACUGUCCAAAAUCCCCGACGCCCUCUACAAUCUGUUCAACCUCAAGCGGCUCAACCUAAACGACAACGUCAUCACGGAGAUUUCACCCUCCCUGGAGAACCUCUCCAAACUGGAGACCCUAAACUUGUCCCGCAAUCAGCUGGUCUUUCUCCCGGCCACCCUCUGCAAGCUCCAGUGUCUUCGCCGGCUCUACAUCAACGACAACCAGCUAAAUUUCGAGGGAAUCCCGUCCAGCAUCGGCAAGCUGAGCGCCCUGGAAGUCUUCUCCGCGUCCAACAACCAGCUGGAAAUGGUCCCCGAAGGCCUGUGCCGCUGUGGCUCGCUCAAAAAGCUGAACCUCAGCUCGAACAAGCUGAUCACCCUCCCGGAGGCCAUUCACCUCCUCACCGACAUGGAACAGCUGGACCUGCGGAACAACCCCGACCUGGUGAUGCCCCCGAAGCCCGUUGAAGUGCAACGCGGCGAUGGUCUCGCCUUCUACAACAUUGACUUUUCGCUGCAAACCCAACUGCGACUUGCCGGAGCGAACGUGCCCGCCCAAGCCCAGGUUGCGAACGGCGCCAAGGAUCCGAUCGCGCGCAAGCUACGACUGCGACGGGGUGCCCGCAACCAGGACUCCGAACAGGACUCGGCCAAGAUUCUCAAGGGUAUGCAGGACAUCGCCAAGGAGAAGAACGCCAACGGGUACGACGAUGGAAAGGUGGAGAACUUGAAGCCCAAGCGGUGGGACGAGACGCUGGAGAAGCCGCCGGUGGACUACUCGGAGAUAUUCGAGGAGGAGGACGGAUGUGCGGUUGGGUUGACCGUUUGGGAGAUUGAGAACUUUUUGCCGAACAAGAUCGAGGAGGCGGCGCAUGGGAAAUUUUAUGAAGGGGAUUGCUACAUCGUGCUGAAGACAACGCACGACGACGCGGGGCAGCUGACGUGGGAGAUCUUCUUCUGGAUCGGGGUGAAGGCGACGCUGGACAAGCGGGCGUGUGCGGCGAUUCACGCGGUAAACUUGAGGAACUAUUUGGGGGCGCGGUGCAGAACCAUUCGGGAGGAGCAAGGUGACGAGUCGGAUGAGUUUCUGGCGUUGUUCGACACGGAAGUUACGUACAUUGAGGGUGGCCGGACGCCGACCGGGUUCUACACGAUCGAGAACCUGGUUUACAUCGUCCGGUUGUACCGGAUUCACGACGCCGGUCCAAACAUCCAUCUUGAGCCGGUACCUGUUACGCACGAAUCGCUCGAUCCGGGUUACGUGUUUUUGCUGGACACAGGCCUGCAGAUCUUCAUGUGGUACGGGCAAAAGUCCAAGAAUACUCUCAAAUCCAAGGCUCGCCUGAUCGCGGAGAAGAUCAACAAGAACGAGCGCAAGAACAAGGCGGAGAUCUACCAGGAGUACGCAGGCAACGAGUGCGUCGACUUCUGGAAAGCUCUCGGAUUCGCCGACGGACAGGCUCCGGAGGAGAAGCCUGCGACGCACGUCGAUCCGGAGUUCCUUCCGGUGCCACCGCGGCUCUACCAGAUUCAACUAGGAAUGGGUUAUCUCGAGUUGCCUCAAAUCGAACUUCCCAGCAAGACGCUUCACCACUCGAUCCUCAACAGCAAGAACGUCUACAUCCUGGACUGCUACCUGGAUCUGUUCGUGUGGUUCGGCAAGAAAUCGACGCGGUUGGUCCGAGCUGCCGCGAUCAAGCUAUCCCAGGAACUGUUCAACAUGAUCGAACGGCCAGAGUACGCGUUGAUCACGCGCGUCCAGGAGGGCACCGAAACGCAGGUCUUCAAGUCCAAGUUCACCGGCUGGGAGGAGAUCAUCGCUGUGGACUUCACCCGUACGGCGCAAUCCGUGGCUCGGACCGGAGCCGACCUCACCGGAUGGGCCAAGAAGCAGGAAACGAAGGCCGACCUGGCAGCUCUCUUCAUGCCACGACAACCGGCCAUGACCCUGAUGGAAGCGCAACAACUCGCCGACGACUGGAACUACGACCUGGACGUAAUGGAGUCGUUCGUUCUGGAAGGGAAAAAGUUCGUCCGAUUGCCCGAAGAAGAGCUAGGAAUCUUCUACACGUCCGAGUGCUACGUCUUCCUAUGCCGGUACUGCCUUCCGGUGGACGACGAAGACGAGGAGGAGGAAGCUGACGCCGUCGAUGGAGCGACCAGUAAACCGCUCAAGUCCAAGCCUCCCCCAGCGGACGAGAUCCAGUGCGUCGUGUACUUCUGGCAGGGUCGCGAAGCCGGCAACAUGGGCUGGCUAACGUUCACCUUUACGCUGCAGAAAAAGUUCAAGUCCAUGUUCGGGGAGGAGCUGGAGGUCGUCCGGAUCCACCAGCAGCAGGAGAACCUGAAGUUCAUGUCGCACUUCAAGGGCAAGUUCAUGAUCAAGAACGGGCGCCGCCGGGAGAAGCCCAAAACGCCGGAGGGCAAAUCCCCGGUGGAGUUCUACCAUCUGCGGUCGAACGGAAGUGCGCUCUGCACGCGGCUGAUCCAGAUCAAGCCGGACGCGUCGAUGCUGAACUCGGCGUUCUGUUACAUUCUGUUCGUGCCGUUCGAAACCGACGACGACUCCGAGUCGGGCAUCGUGUACGUGUGGAUGGGUUCGAAAACAACCGCCGAAGAGUCCCGACUGAUUCAGGAAAUCGCCGAGGACAUGUUCAACAAUCCGUGGGUUAGCUUGCAGAUCCUACACGAGGGCGAAGAGCCGGAGAACUUCUUCUGGGUGGCGCUGGGCGGUCGCAAGCCGUACGACACCGACGCCGAGUACAUGAACUACACCCGGCUGUUCCGCUGCUCGAACGAGAAGGGCUACUUCACGGUGGCGGAAAAAUGCUCCGAUUUCUGCCAGGACGACCUUGCCGAUGACGACAUCAUGAUUUUGGACAACGGGGAGCAGGUGUUCCUGUGGUUGGGAUCGCGCUGCAGCGAGGUCGAGAUCAAGCUGGCGUACAAAUCGGCACAGGUCUACAUCCAACACAUGCGCAUCAAGCAGCCGGAACGGCCGCGCAAGCUGUUCCUGACGCUCAAGAACAAGGAAUCGAAGCGGUUCAUCAAGUGCUUCCACGGGUGGAGCGCGCACAAACGACCGCCGGAGUAAUUCACUGUCACCACACACACUCACAGCACACACACACGCAACACAUACGAACGCACCAAUGUUAGAAAGACCACAAACACGAGCGAGCGAGAAGAAGAGGAUGUAAAAUUUCGAAGCAAACAGGAUGAUUUUGUAGUUGGUUUUGUUUGUUUUUAACAGCAUGACUUUAUUUUGUUCA